AUGAAGCAGCCCUGUGGUCUAUCUAGAAGAGAAACCGUUGGAGCGGAAGCGCGAUAUGAGCAAAUCAUUGCAAAAGACUGUUUUUCUCAAGCAGAUGAGACAUUGCAGUUGGACCUUACUCUUCAUGGAGAUGCUAUUUUCACUCCGGAUAGAUUUGCAGCAGUCACUGGAUUAGCAACACAAAAGGGUUCUGCUUGUGCGCUGGCGACACAGGGAUCGCUAAAUUUGCCCGUCACUACCGGCGUCGAUUCUAUACCAUUACUUUGGGGCGGCACUUCGAUCACACCUGAAGUCCCAUCACCGGUAUUAUUACAUGCGUCGUGGCCUGACUCCGACCUGGAAUUAGGUUUACAUGACGAACAUUCUGACCGAAGUCUCUCCCAUCAGUCAAAGGUGCCCACCGAACCAUUCCUGGAUCGUAUUCCACCUCAAUCAUCUAUGCCGCCUAUGUCCACAUUUUCCUCGCCUUUGAAUGAUUUUCGCUCGAUUGAGCUGAUUUCCAGUCUAUACGAUGCUCAGUUAUGGGGCCCGGACACGCCGAUAGAGAUUUCGCUGCUUCACGCUCGACAAGGCUUAGCCCUCGUUUCGAGCUGCCUUCCCGUCGAUAACUGGUCGUCAAUAUACACGGAAGUACCCGGAUCAUCUUCCCUUGCCCUCUGCUGUAUUCACCUCACACAGCAGGUUUUAAGUUGUUACGCUAGUGUGAAAUUUCACAACAGGCCUUUCAAAGGUUACUGCCAGACUGUCCGCUAUGGCCAAUUUUUGAUGGAUGAAGAACAGCUUACAAUAGAAAAAAUGGAUAUUUCUCAGGAGCUAAAGCAUUGCCGGGAAAUCAUGAUGACUAUCAGACAAUGGUGUAACGACUUGGUGAAGGCAGAAAAGGAAGGUUCAUUGCUAUUACUCCCAUUCAUACAAUCUCUCAGAGAUCGGGUUGACUCCCUCGGCAAGUAG